AGAGCGCGCUGACGUCACGCGUACGUACGCGCGCGCUGCGUCAUGACGCGUGAGGGCGGGAAGGAGAAGAAGGAGGAGGAGCCAAGAUGGCGGCGGUGGCGGCGCUGGGCCGGAGCCUGCGGGCGCUCGGCCCGGGGGUCAGGGGGCUGCAGACGCCCCCCCGCUACGAGGAGUCCACGGCCGAGUUCGGGUUCGUGGAGCGGCUGCUGCCCCCCAGCCGCAUCCCCGACCCCCCCGCGCACCCCAAAUACCCCACCCCGUCCGGCUGGAACCCCCCCGCAGGGCCCCCCCCGGAGCUGCCCUACUCGGUGCGGCGCUCGCGGCUGCACAACCUGCCCGUGUACCUGGGCCGGCGCCAGGGCCGGCGGCUGACGGAGCUGCGCCGCAUCCACGGCGACAUCUGGGCGCUGGAGCGGGACCUGCGGGCGUUCCUGGGCUCGCGGGGCGGCCCCGAGGUGGCGGCGCAGGUGAACGAGGUGACGGGGACGCUGCGCCUCAGGGGACACUGGGGGCCCCAGGUGCGGCAGUGGCUGCUCCAGAGCGGCUUCUAGAGACCCCCGGAGCCGGGGGGACCCCGAACUCUGCCGGGGGGACCCCGAAAUCUGCAAGGGAUCCGCUGUGGGAACGCCCGGAACAGCCAGAGAUGGACCCUGGGCAGGGCAACAGCUCCUGGGGGCACCUGCAGGUCCACCUGGGCACCCCAAAAUCUGUCUGGGGCAUCUCCAGAUCCACCUGGGCACCCCAAAAUCUGUCUGGGGCAUCUCCAGAUCCACCUGGGCACCCCAAAAGCUGUUUGGGGCACCUCCAGAUCCACCUGGAGCACCCCAAAAUCUGCCUGGAAUCUGCUGUGGACAGCCUCAAAUCCCUCUGGAGCACCCCAACAUCUCUUGGGGGUACCCUCAGAAUCCAUGCCGGGGUCCUGAAAUCCACCUGGGGUACCCCAAAAUCUCUGUGGGGACCCCAGAAAUCCACAGAGAGGAUCCCAAAAUCCACCCUGGGGUACCCCAAAACCUGCUGAGAGCCCCCAAAAAUGGAAGAAACAAAAUAAUUCCCCCCAAAAACAGAAUAAACGCCUCGGGUAACUC